AGGUAUGAGCAUCCGCGUCGGGGCUGGGCUUAGAAACACGUCAGAGCUCGGACAACGUGGCAGGCAAAGCGUAGGUUGGAGCGUUUGAGGGGGGCCCUUACUGCUCACCAUGGGGCCAAGGCGUUGAGGGCCCCCACCCAGGCAAGAAAAAACAACAACAAUAAAGAACGGAACCAGGAAAAAGAAGACAAGUUAAAAGACAAAAAAAAAAAAAAAAAGUUUAGAAAAGAGAGCAUCAGAAUGGUUACGCAGGAAGUUUCGAUUACGUUGUCCGGUGGAGCGCCGUGGGGCUUCCGUCUGCAGGGUGGCGUGGAACACCAGAAGCCAUUACAGGUGGCCAAGGUGCGCAAACGCAGCAAGGCGUGCAGAGCCGGGCUGAGGGAGGCGGACGAGCUGGUGUCCAUCAACAACCAGCCAUGUGAAGCAUUAUCCCAUGCCCAGGCUAUGAACCUCAUAGACGCCUCCCCAGGAAUACUACAUAUCCGUGUCAAAAGAGUACCUGCUGGGUUUCAGUCUGUGGUGCUUGUGACCCGCGCCCCUUCUCCUCGCAUCGACAAGGAAUACCGUGCUUCCCUGCAGACUCUGUCACCCACCGACGUCCACCAAGCGCCCGUCCGCGAGGUCCACCGCAGCCGAUCUUCUCUGACCAGCGGCCUGACUUCUCCGCCCGGUAGCGAGGCCUACUAUGGAGAAACCGAUAGCGACGCAGAGGUGGCGGGUUACGAGAGGCAGCGGCGUCAGAAACGACGCAGCCCCAACUCCAACCCAGGGAAACAGAUGGGAUGGACCUCCCCUGGGGGAGGGGAAACGUCGGAGAUGAGUGGCUAUGACAGCGCCCCAGAUGCAAACGCUUAUCUAAAUUCGCCAGAAGGAUUUGGCGGAGGUGGAAACAGGGGGUUGCCAGGGGUGGCACGAAGAGAAGUGAUUUACCAGCCCGCUGCUCCAGGAAUGUGGUCCUCCCAGACAUCAACUGAGACAUCUUCCAUCAUCUCGUCAGCAGAUGACCAGGGGCCGCGGGAUGGAGAGCGGGAGGAGGGCUUUCUGGAGCUUGCUAACAUCCCACUAGUAUCCCCCGAGAGGGCAAAGGAGGCAUUGAUGCUGGGCUCUCGGAGCCAGCUUGUGCCCAUGGUGGGCCCUGUGAAUAACCCAAUUGAUGAGGAACUGACAACAACCUACAUGGAAAAGGCCAAGCAAGCCAAGCUUAACCGAGGAGACACGCCACAGGACAAGCAUGUAAAGGAAGCCAGAAGCAAGUGUAGAACAAUUGCAUCCCUGCUGACAGACGCUCCCAAUCCUCACUCUAAAGGGGUGCUGAUGUUCAAGAAAAGGCGCCAGCGCUCCAAGAAAUAUACCCUCACAAGCUUCGGCAGUGUGGAUGAAGAUCAGUGCCCGGACUCUCAAGAGGAAGAUGGGGUGUCACUUGGCAGUGAGUCAGAAUUUGAGGAAGAGGGAUUUUCGUCCGCUCCUGACCCAACUUGGGAUAGUGACUACUUGAAUAUGCUAGAGAAGAGGGCGACUGCGGGUGCCGAGGGCCGUGGGGAUGGGGAGGAGGAUGCUCCAAGUCCGGGCUUGAAUGCUACCACGGGGAAGGGUGCCCAGUUGUUUGAACAGCAGAGGAAAAGGGCUGCUGAGCAUGCCAAAAAGGUGGAGGCAACACACUCUCAGGUGGCCCAGCAAGCUAUGAAUGAGCAAGCCCAGAUGUUUUACCCAGACAUUCAAGGUAAUACAGCCUUACAGCAAGAUGUGUACCAAGCCCAAGCAACCUUUAGCAUAUCUAAUGGAGAUCCAUCCCAAGCCACAGGCGGACCUACUACCAUGGGGAUGCAAGGGCGACCCUGGUCGGCCAUUUCCUCUGUGGAUAUGAUCGUUGGCAGUACACCACCAGUAGAGACACCCAUACCAAAAGCACCUGCCAGUAAUGUUCUCAAUAGAACUGCCCGUCCUUUUACACCUGGCUUCAUAACUAUUCGGGCUGCAACUGCUCCGGUAGCAUUCAAACCAUCUGCCACAAAGACAAACCAGCGACCUACCUCAGCAGCUGCUGUGCCACCGCCAUUUUCCACUGUCCAAGACCAGGCUAUUAACGCUACAUCAGUAAUGUUACAGCUGUCCCCCGGUCCUCCUGUCUCUUCUAAACCUGCUGGUCCUGUAACCCGCACAGUGGAGGCUUCUGUCACUCUAAACCCUUCGACCAGUCCCUCUUUUGUAGAGACAACACAAACAGCUCAACAGAUGAGUGCUGCUUAUCCAGUUCCAUAUGUAAAUGUGCCUCCAAUGGCCCCACCUCCACCCCAAGCUCCAACACAACCCAUGUUUUCUGCUCCACCACAGCCCAUGGUUUCAGCUCCACCAGAGCAUAUGGUACCAGCUCUACCACAGCCCGUGGUGUCAGCUACACCACAAUACAUGGUUUCAGGUCCAAUUCUUUCUACAUCUCAAAUUCCCAGUACAAUUCAUAGAGUCGCAAUGGUUCCUCCAGUUGUGCCAGUCGCUCCUCAAUGCACUACUCAAAUUCCCAUGACACCUGUAGCACCAGUGUCCCUGGUCUCAGAGCCAGAAGCGAUAGCUCCAACCCCUGUUCUUGGUCCAGGAGGUCGUACAGGAAUCUUACUAGAGGCUCGUCGCCGUGGUGGAAAGCCCAAACCUAUGUUCAAUGUACCGGAAGUCAAGAAGAAUUCCCCGAACCCUGAGCUGUUGUCCAUGGUGCAGAAUUUUGAUGAGAGGGCCACACAUCCCAAGUAUGGCCGACCGUUCUCUGAAGAUAUUUAUGAUGGUGCACAGGAAGGAAGCAGUGCAGCAGUCAACAUAGGGAAGAUGCCACCCCGGGUAGCACCCAAGCCUCGGGUUCUGCAGGAGGCCCCAGAGAUCAUUCAAGCAGGGGGCAAGGGGGCUCAGCUCUUUACCCGCAGAAAGAACCGCAUGGGUAUGUAUGUAGUGGAUGCCCCUCCACAGUCCCAUCACCAACAGGAAGUGUCCUUGCAUGGUGCUGCACAACCCCCUGACCCCUCCUCCUCUCAAUGGAAAUACUCCUCCAAUGUGCGUGCCCCUCCUCCCAUUGGGUAUAACCCACUCCUGGCCCCCUCUAUCCCCACAGGGCCUCGGAGGAACAUGGGCAGGCCAGGCAGCAGGGGUAAAGGUGGCUCUCAGCGAGAGGGCAUCCAAGCUCUGGAUUUCAUGAGAAGACAGCCCUACCAGCUAAACUCUGCCAUGUUCAACUACAGUGGAAGUGCUGCAAAUAUCUCAGCCAGUCCUUCUCACCAGGACCAGAGGCAGGGCCACUAUACAGCAAUGGUGGGCAGCUCUUUAACUUCACCUAAGCAGAUACCCGUAAAAAUAGUUCGCGCCUAUGAGAUCAAGAGAUUCUCAACACCAACACCUAUGUCCGCUCCCACUCUAGUCCCCAAAGUCCUCGCACCUCGCUCAGCCACCACCCUUGGAGAGCGUAUAAAUCACUCUGACAUGACCACUCCACCUCCUGGUCCAACUGCUCCGACCCCAGAAACCAACUUGGCACGAGCCCCAUUCAGAGAGACAGCUUUACUUUCCUCACAAAUAGCUGGAUUGCCCAGCCUUCCAAAAUUAUCUGCCAUGCCUCCUCCAAAUUCUGUGUCUGGUGUAGCAACACAUUACAGUCCGGUGUCCUACACCACCGGCCUCCAGGGAGCUAAGCAGUUCCAGAGUGCUCCUGAGCUCAGUAUUCUUUCAUUGUUGCCCCCUCUCAAAGCCAACCCGAUCCAGGCACCCAAACCACGUUUUGUUGCCACCAAGGGGGGUGUUCAGCCUCGUGUGUGGAGACCUGGGGCAAUUUAAACAACUGGAAACCAACCACUACCACACCUGGAGACUAUCAUGUACGAUUCAUAUAGCCAACAGUGUAAUUACCUUUGCUGCUAGUGUUAGUUUGCUUGUUUUUCCACAUACUUAGCCAAAGAAAUACAAGGUACUAUAUACUCUAACAGAGAUGUGGUCGCGGUUUUGGAAAGGGAUGUCUAUCCCUCCUAACAUAAACAAGCAACCCUAUACACAAUAUAAUAUUAAGCUAUUUGGUUUAAGAUUCUAGACGUAGACUUGUUCAUUAUUUUGAUAUUGCUGCUUACUCACCUGCAUCUUUAAAUUAGUACUGUACUAUUAAGACACUGUAUGCUGUAACGCAAACCAUAGGCAAACACAUUCAUUCUAAUUUGAAAUGCACAAAUGAUGGUCAAUGUAAAUUUAUAUUCGUAAACCUACGACAAAAUAAUGUUCGAUCACGAUGACUUACUGUUGUGGCACUCUGCUAUUAAUUCCCCUCCUCGUCCUAGUAAACAAUGUGCGCCCACGUUACAUUGCAGAAUAGUAGUCAUGUACAGCUUCCUAAUACAAAAAUGGCACUGCAGAUAAGAGUGGUCUUUACAGAUUUGUGUAACUCAUACAUUUUAUUUUAUUAAAUAAAUAACACAGAUGAACGAGUGUUUAUUUUGUUGGUUUUAUAUGAAGUUGUGCAAGGGAAGGUUGAUUUACUGUAAGCCUUAAUAAAAGGGUUAUAUGAUACGAGAGAGGCUGUGGAGAGGUGGAAUUGAUCGCUAGGAUAAUAAUAGGACAGACAACUGAAUGUAGUCAGUGAUCAACAUUGCCCAUGAAGGAUUAUGAUCAUAUUUUUGUUUGUAUGCAAGAGGAUAAAUUCAAUUGUUUAAGUCAUGAAAACACUGCCUGUAGACAUUCAUGGAAGAUGUGACUAGAGAUUAGAUGGUAAAGAUGACAAAAGGUUGAUGCACUGAGGUGUGAGGGUUUCUUUCUCAAAUACUGAUAUUGCUUGCAAUUUUAAAAAAAUAAUUGAUUUUAGAUGAGAAGUUCUACUUUGGUUCAUUUCUACUGUAUGGAUGUCAAGGCUUUAAAAAAGACCUUUAUGGUUAUAAGCUGUGAAGUAUGAUACCAUUUUUCUGGGUACUGAGGACAUGUGUGAAGAUGUUAACAUUUACAACAAAAUGAGACAUUAUUAUCCAUCCAUCCAUCCAUCCACUGUCUGAGCCGCUUCUCCUCACUAGGGUCGCGGGCGCGCUGGAGCCUAUCCCAGCUAUCAUCGGGCAGGAGGCGGGGUACACCCGGAACUGGUUGCCAGUCAAUCUCAGGGCACAUGUUGUAAACAAACAACCAUUCGCACUCACAUUCACACCUAUGGGCAAUUUAGAGUCUUCAAUUAACCUUGCAUGCAUGUUUUUGGGAUGUGGGAGGAAACCGGAGAGAAGCCACGCAGG